CGUUUAAGGGAGGGACAAUAAUUUUGUAAUGCGGAUGAAGCUGACAGCGUAGUUGAAGACAGUGGGAAUAAUCUUGCUUUAUGACAUGCCCCCAUUACCAGGCGCGGAGAUGGUUCAAACGCCGGUACAUUUGUACCGCUACCUACUAAGGUGCUGCAAGCAGUUACCCUCCCCUGCCAUGCAACAACACUACCGACAUGCUGUCAGACAGGGCUACAACAGUCAUGCAGAUGAGGAGGACCCAGAGCGGAUUCGGCAGAUCAUUCAGCGGGCUAUAGAGGAUGCCGACUGGAUCCUUAAUAAAUACAAGCAAAAAUAGAGGGAGCAAACAGAGGAGUCCUUGGAGGAUGGGAAAGGAGAUGCAGCCUGUUGCUUUUGCUUCAGCUUGGCGAUGAAGACAUUGGGACAGUUAUUGUAGGCUGGUGGUCAAGGCAGUAAAAGACAGAAAAAUGACCAAAAAUGAGGGUUGAAAUUGUUUUCAAAUGGAAAGUGAUGGGGCUAGUACCUUUGAGGAGAGAGAAAUACUUCCUGAUACCAUCUGCUGUCAGUAACUCUCAAACAAAAAUAAGUCUUUGCUGCCCAUAGCCAAACACUGUGAUUGGUUCAGAUGAUGACACAUAAUGGCAUAAAAAGAGGGGGUGUCUCUCUUUGAGAGGGAAGGAUGCUCCCUCUAUCCAGCUGGAACUAGAAUAAAGGAAA